AUGGGAAGAAAGACAAAGAAAAAUCCGAAACCUAACCAGACUGCAAACAGUCAACCUCAAGAAGCAUCUAGCAAUGCAUCAGUUGUAACACCAUGCCCUGAACUGUCCAAAACUGACAAGAAAGAACUGACCGAGCUCAUUACAAAUUUGUUGGAAAUUUGCUCAAAACCACUGGAGUCUGGGACAAAAGAUUUGGACGAUUAUUCAGAUAUACAUAGUCUGAUUGACAAGAUCGAAAAAAUCCAGUCAGUCCUACAACGACCUGCAAACAACAGACAUCAGCACUUUCCUGCUUUUAUCAAGUGGCUGAAUGACAAUGGUGUCCCAACAACGUCUGUGGAAAUAGCGAAAUUUGAUGAUUUUGGUUAUGGACUGAAAGCUGCUAAAGAUCUGAAGGAAAGUGAAAAAUUUCUUCACAUACCUAGAAAGUUGAUGAUGACAGUGGAUUCAGCAAAGGAAUCAGCAUUAGGUCCACUCAUUGCUGAGGACAAGAUCCUGCAAGUUAUGCCAAAUGUCACUUUGGCAAUGCAUUUGCUGAAUGAAAGAUUUAGUAGGCAGUCCUUCUGGCAACCUUACAUAGACAUCCUUCCACAUCAGUAUUCUACUCCAUUGUACUGGAAAUCUGAUGAUCUACAGCAGCUUAGAGGAUCCCCUGUGCAAGGUGAUGCAGUUAACCAGUUCAGAAAUAUAGCUAGACAGUAUGCAUACUUCUACAGAUUAUUGCAGAAAACUCCAGCUGCAAAUAAUCUUCCGUUGAAAAACUACUUUACAUUUGAGAAUUAUAGAUGGGCAGUGUCUUCAGUAAUGACAAGACAGAAUCAGAUACCAACUAAAGAUGGCUCCAGGUCUACAUUUGGACUGAUUCCUUUGUGGGACAUGUGUAAUCAUACCAAUGGCAUUUACACAUCUGAUUACAAUGCAGAAGAGGAUGCAUGUGAGUGCUUUUGCCUGAAAGAUUUCUCUGUUGGUCAGCAGAUUUUAAUCUUUUAUGGACCCCGCUCUAAUGGAGAAUUUUUAGUUCACAAUGGGUUUGUCUAUCCAGAAAAUGAACAUGACAGACUUUGUUUGAAACUGGGAAUAAGUAAAGAUGAUCCUCUAUAUGGACUAAAAUCAGAAGUGCUAGAAAAGUUGCAUAUUGCAACAUCCAGAUCUUUUUACCUUCACAAAGGAAGAUUUCCUGUAGAUGGAGAUUUGCUUGCAUUUUUGAGAGUCUUUAGCAUGGAUGAAGAUACAUUGAAGGAGAAAUACACUGGCCACUGUGUAGCUGCACCUGAGCAAUUUGAGAUCUUGAAAAGUGAAGACCAAAUUGUAAAUGAAGAAAAUGAGCGUAGAGUUUGGUCAUUUCUGCAAACAAGAGCUCAGCUGCUUAUCAGGGCAUAUCCUUGUUCAUUGGAGGAGGAUGAAUCUGUCUUACAAGAAGCAGAUUUAAGUAGUGUUUCAAAGAUGAUAGUGCAACUUCGAAUUGGAGAAAGACAGAUUUUGCAAAAUGUAACAGAUUAUGCAGAACGAAAGAAAAGUGAACUUACUUUUUGA